GGCUUUGGAAGGCAACUUCAACUCACGUGCUGUGUUGUAGAGAAGAUGCCUGUGCCAGGCUCUGAGAACCCAUGUUUUCACAUCUUUGCUUUGACUGUGCCUUGCUGCUGCUGCUGCUGCUACCUACAAGGUCUUUGGAGUUGACAAACGUAUUUGAGGUGGGUCAGAACGCCCUUCUGCCCUGCAGAUACACUCCAGCCUCCUCAGGGGAUCUCGUGCCUGUGUGCUGGGGCAGGGGGGUCUGCCCUGUGUUUCAAUGCCACGACAUGGUGCUCGGCAUUGGUGAGAGGAGUGUGAACUAUCGGAAGUCCAGCCGAUACCACCUAAAGGGAGAUUUCCGCAAAGGAGACGUGUCCCUGCUCAUAGAGAAUGUGACCCCAGCAGACAGCGGAACCUACUGCUGCCGAAUACAGUACCCAGGCCCAAUGAAUGAUGGCAAAUUAACCCUGGAGUUGGUCAUCAUAUCAGCCAAGGUCACCCCUGCUCCGACUGCACAGACAGACCGGACUACAGCCUUUCCGAGGAUGCUCACCACCAAGGAACAAGGCUCAGAGACACAGACACUGUUGACUGUCCAUGAUAGAAAUCAAAUACAAGGAUUCACACUGGCUAGUGAAUUCCAAGGUUCCACAGCAACCACCAGGAUCCAUGUCUACAUUGGAGUAGGCAUCUCUGCUGGGGUGGCUGUCAUUCUUCUUGUUGGUGCUUGCAUUCUUAAAUGGCAUUCUCAUAGCAAAAAGAAGUUACAGAAUUCAAGCCCCAUCCCCUUGGCCAACGUCCCCCCAUCAGGGUUAGCAAAUGCAGUGGCAGAAGGCAUGCGUGCAGAAGACAACAUCUACAGCAUUGAGGAGAACCUGUAUGAAGUAGAGGAUCCUGAGGAGUAUUACUGCUAUGUCACCAGUGGGGUUCAGUGUUGACUGCUUCUGGGUUGUCACCUUUCACCUCCAUCGCAUUUAAUCACUCCAGUUUUGAUCUUGGCAUUGUUUUUUUGAAAAAAGAUGAGAUCCGUCAGCUGACUGAUUUUGGAGGUGCCAUCUGUCUGAGCAGAAUAAUCCCAUUUUCUGAAGAUCGUUAGCUCAUGUGCAGAUGGGACUGUGUUACCUGCACUGGACUUACACAGGCAAACCAUUACCUCUGUAUGUAGCCAACAGAGCUAUGCAACCCCGGGAAUGCUAAUCAUGGAUGUUAAAGGGCAAAUGGGCUUUUCAUGGAUUAGGAAUCCUUGAUACGAAAUCCCUGGAGUUCGAGGAAAUUCAAGCACAAAAGCUAUCCAUGAAGCUGCUGAAAAUGUAGGUAAAAUUAUGUUUUGGAAUGUAUGCAUGUGUUUGUGUGUGUGUGUAUGUGUGUGUGUGCAGAAAGAUGGAAGAAGCCACUGACUUUCAUAGAGACUCAUGCUCCUUAAAAAGUUUAGAGUUGACUGGCACAGGACCACACGAUCUUGAAGAUUGCCUCUGAAUUAUGCCUUUUUGAGUGUUGCAUCUGCAGCAGUGUGUGCCAGCGCACAGAUCUCCUUUGCUUCACUUAAGGACACUGCUCGGCGGGAGUACCUGGAGAAAAGGGAAGUGUGCUUGUUGUAUGUUGCUAAGUCUUUUUUGUGUGCUUGAAGAGCAACAAUCUCUGUCCAACUUCUCCGUUUGUGGAGAAGACUGGAGCUGUAUUUUUCAGAGAAGCAGCAGCAGUGACUGGAACAUAAAUUCUGUUUCCUGGUGGAAGGAAGGCAAAGGUCUCUAGCAAUUUGUAUUGCUAGUGUCAGGACCACUGAUGGAGACAGUGGUCCCUGAACUUGAAUUCUGACGCGGUGCAGACAAGUCUGUCCUGCUUGUUGUUGCCUCCCCAGGGCCUGGCGUGGCUUUGACACAUAUGGAAACUUACUGAAUAUCUUCAGAGUGAAAAAAAUCAGAUGAGCAAAAAGGUAGCUUUCUGAGAAGACUUCUUCACUGGCGAGCUCAGACAUAGCCUGCCUUUGUAACUUCUUUCUUUGGAGAACUCACAGAUAAACUGAAGCUCCCCUCUUUGCUCUUAUCCAUGCCAAAGUGGCCUUUGAUUCUCAGCAUCUCCCAGCUUGAGGCCUUGGGAGUCCAUUUCCUUGUUCCUGCUGAGCCCUCCUCAGCCCACAAAGAAUGAAUCAAGAAUAUGGAUCUGUCACUGGCUGAAAACUGCUCAACCCCACAUGAUGCUGCCUGCAGCAGAUGUUGGUCAUGGAGGACGCAGGCAGCCUGUUCGUUUCCAGGAGGUUUUUUGCUGUCUUGUUAUGUGAGUGGCAGUGUCAGAGCUGCAUCUGGAUAGUUUUGUAAGACACUGGCUUUUACAGCAGGAUAAGUAAUGGAGAUCAUUUCCCAAAGUUAAUUAUAGGCAUCAGCUUCCAUUCAGGCUGAGAAAUUAAUCUCAAGUAUUUUGAAGUCAUGCAGUUCAACUGAGAGGAACUUCAGAAUAUAUUGUGAUCAAAUCCAUGGUUUCCCUAGGAGGAGAUUCUUAUCCUACAAAAAUCUUUAGGAUGAUCAUUGCAGUAGUGUUUUAAGACUUUUUACAUCAGUAGUUGCAGUAGUUGAUUGUGUUAUGGUAUGUCAAUACACUGGUGUAGUUAAAAAUAAUUAGGAAGUUUUGCCAAUGAGCUGUUUUGCUAAUUCAACAAAUACUUAGUAAGUGCUUACCAUGUGCCAGCCACUUUGGUGCUGGGACUACAAAGGGGACCCAGUAGACACAUCCCUGGUUCCAUGGACGUUCUAGUCGAUCUGACAAGAAGGAGGAUUCAUGUACACUCAUUCAUUCAGCAGACAUUUAUUGACAUCUCUUUUGUACUGGAUACUGUUCUAGACUCUGGAAAAGUAGCAGCAAUGCUGCAGGCAAAAUCCCCGCCAGCAGUGGCUUUCAGCACUGUAGCACAGCCCUGGCCCUGAGUAUGCACACGUUAACAUGGUUACCCCGUGGGGACAAAUGGUUAAGACCAACUUUCAUAUUUUUCUUUAAUAUACCUCUGCUUCAGUUUGAAUUCUUUACUUUCUUUUAUAAUUAAAAAUUAAAUUGAAGAGUUGUAGUGGUGUUUUCCUGUUCACCCUGCUUGUGAUAAGAAAUGAAGACCUGGAUGGGUCAUAGUCCAGAGCAGAGUGUGGUGGCAAAUGAGAGCUGGAACCCUGGUUUUCAGUGUAGGGGCCGCUCUGCAUCAAAUAUUUGGAAUGGGGAAGAUGGCAAAGAUAGCAAAACAAAAUGAGCAACAACAAAACCGAGCAAAGGAAAGUUAUUACAACGGGUCCAGGAAACAGCAAAUAGUAACCUAACUGAAAACAGUGGUAGGAGUGAAUGUGUGAUUUGUUCUCCCAAGUACCUUGGGAUUUUUCUUCCAGACUUGUCAACAGAGAACACACAGGUUCUGAACAGAGAUACAGGAAAGGUACCUGAUUUUUUUUUUUUUUAAGACUGAGAAAAGUGAAGUCUUACUAUGUUUUACCUGCCUAUUGCUUCAUAUAGAUUUGGAAUUCUCAAGGCAGAAAUUCCAAACAAUUUAGUUUCUCUCUAAUUGGUUCAUAUAACCUUAAUUUAUAUAAAAAAAUUAGUUUUUCCCUUUUUUAAUGUCAUAAAAGGAUGGAUUUAUGAAAAUAUCUUACUGAUUUUUAAUCAGAAUAGUCAUCAUUUACAUACAAUAAAAACACUCAUUUUUUUAAGUGUACAAUAUGAGUUUGACAGAUGUGUGCACCUAUGUAAAUCACUCCAAGCAAGAUAUAAAGCAUUUCCCCAUCCCAAAAUAUGUUUUGAAUGUCCAAUGUUCUUCAUGCCUCCUUUUCCCAAAGGUGAUAUCUUGAUUUAAAACACUAAACUGAACACAAAUUAAUUUUGUCUCCAGAUUUCUAUGGAAAAAAAUCUGGAUUGUUCUGGAAAUAAGUGGAGGUGGUCUUAGGGCAUUCAUUUUCGAAAUUCUCUCUUGUGCUUUCCUGGGACUUAGUUGGGAAGAGGGGAGAGGGUAGGGAUGGCUGGCUGUUCAGUUGGGAGAUUCUCAAGCUUGAGGAAGGCUCAGAUUUUGGUCUAUGCUUGGUGGGAAACUGCCAAGGGAGCAGUAUGAGUCAGAUAUGUUAGUUUCAGGCUUCUGGAUCCUCUUAAUCUCAUUCUCAACCACACUGACCACAGUAAUAAAGGUCAUUUCAAGUCCCUCAUUUACUCAUAGUGGUGAAUUUAUUUUUUGAAUUCUUAUUCUAAUUCCUUCUGCUUAUGGUGUGACUUUCUUUUGCCAAAGAGAGCAGUGAGAUUUUAAAAACUGGCUGUUUAAACCACUCAUGUACGAUUGUGGUGGAGGACAUCUGUCUAAAUAUACACAUUAUUUUAAUACAACGAUGUUGGGAAUGGGUCACCUUUGGGAAAUAUUUCAUUACAGUUUUAUAUCCCAUGUUUGUAAUCUGCUUUGUGACGUUAUAAUUUCUAUAUUGUGUACUUGUACCUUUUCACUUUACUUUAAACUUAGUGUAAGUAAAAUAAAAAUACUUUACGUGCCAAUGCAUUGUUAAUUUCUUUUUGUCAGUUUUGAGGGAGCCGUAUAUCUCCAUCUAAUCUUUUUUCUUAACUUUGUUAUCUACAAUUGUACUUGCCAUUAAGAAUCAAAUGCACACUGAAUUUAUUUCUUCUUAGAAAAACAU